AUGGCCCUCCCCAUCCGCAAAGUCCUCAUCCCCACCCACGGUGACCCCUCCGUCGUCACCCUCACAACCACCACGCUCCCCGCCCCCUCUUCAUCCGAAGUCCAAGUCAAAAUCCUCUACUCCAGCAUGGGCGGCGGCGACAUCCUCAUGCGGCAGGGCAUCUACCCCAUGCAGCAAAAAGCGCCCCUAACCCCCGGCUACACGCUCAUCGGGCGCGUGCACAAAAACGGGUCUCGCGCCAAAAAGUACGCAGAGGGCACGCUGGUCGCGUGUCUGUGUGUGUACGAUGGCCAAGCGACGUUUAGCAAUCAACCGGAGAAGUAUCUCGUGCGAGUGCCCGAAGGAGUCGAUUUGCAACAGGCGGUCGCGCUGGUGCUGGAUUGGAGCACGGCGUACGGGCUUGCGUAUCGUGGUGCGGAGAUUGCACCGGGAAAGAGGGUCUUUAUACAUGGGCUCAGUGGGAGUGUGGGGUUUGCGCUGCUGACGUUUUGUAAGAAGCAGGGCGCGAGUGUCUAUGGUACCGCGGCGGCGCACAACCAUGCUGCGGUAAGGGAAGCCGGUGCCACGCCCUUUGUUUACACGGAUAAAGAGUGGAUGGGCGCCAUCAAGGCCAUGGGCGGCGCGCACGUCGUGUACGAUGCGCUGGGGUUUGCGUCGUGGGACGAGAGUUGGAGCAUCUUGUCUUCGGACGGGGGCCAUCUGGUGGGCUAUGGCGGCAAUCUCAAUUCGCUGAAUGGAGAUAAGCCGCGGGGGAAUAACUUGCAAAUUGCAAAGUUGUUGGCCAAGGGCAAGGUGCCGUUUUGCCCGUAUAGGACGUCUUUUUUCUACAUUAAUAGGGAUCAGAAGACGUACAAGCCCGAGUUGGAGACGCUGUUUGAGAUGCUGGCCAAGGGGGAGAUUAAUGUGCCGGUUAGGAAGGUGUGGGGGUUAGAGGAGGUGCCGGAGGCGCAUCGAGUUUGGGCAAAGGGACCAGGGGUUGGGGCUAUUGUGGUCAAGGUCGGGGAGGAUGAGAUGUAG